AUGGAAGAUAAGUCUGGAUCUAAUUCUGAAUGUGAAGCAGAUAUAAUUCCUCAAGUUCAAACAAAAAUAACUGUAAAAAAAAAAAUAUUGAGUGGUGAAUGUAUUUUAAUUGACAAAAAAGGUACAAGUGCCGUAUGGGAAUUAUUUAAAAAUGUGGUAUAUAAUAAUGAUGAAAAUGUAUUCACGGGUUUUGUAGCUUGUAUUAAAUGUAAGCUACCAUUUAAGUACAGUCAUAGUAGUGGCACAUCAACAUUGAGCAGACAUAAAUGUGUAAUUGUUAAUACCAAAGACGAUGCUCAAACCAGUUUGGAUUCUUUUGUGUCUAAAAAAUUUAAAACAAUUCCUGAUAAAUUAAAAUCGGAAUGCAUAGAAAAAUCAGUUAAGUUUUGUAGUGUGGACAUUAGACCAUUGUCUAUAAUAGAUGGAUCUGGUUUCAAAGAACUUGGACAAUUUUUAAUAAAAGUUGGUCGUCAAUACGGUGAUGUAGAUAUAAAUGAUUUAAUGCCACAUCCAACUACUGUGUCAAAAAAUACAAUAAAAAUGGCUGAAAAUCAUAGAAAUACACUUUUUGAAAAUAUUGUACCGUUUAUAAAAGACAAUUGCUGUUCUAUGACUACGGAUAUGUGGUCUGAUAAAUAUAAAAAACGACACUACAUAACUAUUGCCGUUCAUUAUAUUGAUAUAAAUUGGAUUUUGCAAAAAAAUGUACUACAUACUGGUCAAUGGCCAAUAUCAGAGAAAAAAACGGCUGAAAAUAUUAAGAAUUCAAUUGGUACUUUUUUAACAAGCUUUGAAUGUACAAAGUCUCUGAAUGCUAAUGAAUUAAUGAAAAAAAUCACAUUUGUCACUGACCAAGGACCAAACAUGACAAGUUCAAGUGGAUUAGGCGCAUACAACAGAUUAAAUUGUUGUGCUCAUAUGCUUAAUACCGUAUUAAGACAUGUUUUUGAUUCUAAGUUUUUAGAUGCUGAAGAUGAAAACAAUAGGAAAUUGUUGGAACCCGUUACCAAACUUUUGUCAGGAGCUAAAAGCUUUGUGAAAUUCAUGAAAACUUCUGGAGAAGUAAAUAAAUUAUCAAAAGGUUUAAUUCAAGAAGUGGAAACAAGAUGGAACACAAGGUUGGCAAUGCUACUAUCAAUACAUGAGCAAUGGGAUGAAAUUCUUAAUGAGUAUGGUGAAGAUUUUUGGCGACUUCAAAAUAUAGAUAUUGAAUUACUCAAACAAAUUACUGAAUUUCUCAAACCAUUUAAGACUGCUUCUGAUGAAUUGGAAGGAGAUAUUUAUCCUACUAUACACAAAGUUCUUUUAUACAAAGUUGUUCUUGAAAAACAUAUUAACAAGUAUUGUAACUUGGAAGAAGAUAUUUAUGAUUCAUCAGGAGAAUUAAAUUCAACAUCCAUAGUCAAAAAACUAGGAAUCCACGCUAGAGAAAUAUUUAAUAAAAAAUUCAUUAUAAACAAGACACAUGAAAUGGCAUGUUUUCUUUGA